UAGCAAUGCAACCUCCAACAAUGGAAGUGCCAAGUUGUUGUGAGCUGCGAUGACUAUUAACUUUCUAUACAAAAUAGUGGAGUGGCUCAUCCAUCCGGGGUCACAGGCACAGCGCCCUUCCCCUCCUCUGCUCCACUUGGAGUAGUACGUGCUAGCCAGGUCUGAUUCCCAUCCAAAUAUAGCGAAUCCACGGUUUCCAUUAGCAGGAUGGAGUCCUCUCGCGGUGCUCCACCUUGUUCUGACGACACAAGCGGCGGCGGCGCGCGGCUGUUCCCGUGCCUCUUCUGCUGCAAGACGUUCCUCAAGUCGCAGGCGCUGGGCGGGCACCAGAACGCGCACAAGAAGGAGCGCGUCGCCGGCAGCGGCUGGAACACCUGCGGCACCUCCUACGCCGCCGCGCUCGAGCUCGCGGCCGGCAGCGUGCUGCCUGCUGCCACGUCGUCAAUGUUCGUGGCAGGCGCCCCGCACUGCGGCGGGGCGGUCGCAAUUAUUGGCGCCGGGGCUGGGGAGGCGUCGUCUUACAGGGCCGCCACUGCCCUGCACGGCAGCGCCGGCCUGAUCGAUGAGACGCUCAACUGGACAAGGGGCACGCAAACGUCCGCCGCGGCCCGCAAGGCGACGACGGACACCCCCGCCGCCGGCGUGGAGCCCGACCUCGAGCUAAGGCUGUAGCUGCUGAUUUAUUAUGUUGUCGAGCAUUGGAUCUCUCUGGGAGCUCAAGAUUAUAUGUUAUCAUUAUCUGUUUUCUAGCAACGAGCAGGUGUAUAUCUAUGGCGAAUAUUGGGUGUGGCAAAUUAAUGAGACGGUGGUUGAUCGAUCAAGACCUCACCAAAUCAUUGUUUGGGCCACAAGCAGCUCGACCUAAAGCGCGCAUACUACAACUACGCUCUUUUGCGGACAACACUCACAUGCUGUCACCAUGCACCACAACCUGGCAGUUCGUACGGACGGAGAAGAGGUCACAGCACCAAUUGCUAUUUUGCUACAUUAUUGACAAGAAAUCUUGCUUAUUUGGACCCGGUGAGAGAUAGUGGGGGACUGGGGCGGCGUGGGGGUGUUGGGUGGGGACUGGUGGUAGAGAGAAGGGAAAGAGAGACGAGGGAGGGAGGGUAGGAGAUAUAGAGAUGCCACCAAUUGAUUUGUUUCCUUUAUGAGAGUGAAUUUUGGGUCUAAAUAUUGUGUCAAUUUGUGUUCUUCGUGUUCUUGGUUGUUCCUAUGUUGACCUCUUAUAUCUCGGUUAUUGAUUUUA